AUGGCCGUGCAUGUCUUUUUACCAGCAUAUACGUCUAUCAAUCCAUUCAGUGAUUUGUAUACGAAAACUAUUUUCCGUAUGGAUAAAACAUUUUUAAUGAGAAUACCAAAGUUAGAUGACAAUGAAUUUAUGUUAAAUCUUGCUCGAGGUGUUGAUAAUAUGCCCGGGUUAAUUCAGCAAAAUUCAGUCUUUGACGACAAACUAGAUGAUCAAUUAAGAUCACAAGCAGAAAUCGAAGAACAAUGGGAAGAACUUGUCGUUGCUGGCCCAAUAACAGUUAAUUACCUUGCUAAUCUGAUGAUACUAGCAAGCCAAAAAGAUUUUCCAUUUGCACGGCCAACUCCAGAUUAUGUAUUUAAAUAUAUCCGGCAUCCAUUAUCAUUUCGUGCUACACUCGCACAAGUCUCGGGUGAUGUUUAUCAAGCAUUUCUCGGGGCGCACACAUCCAUGGAUCAAAUACAAUUGUUUAUGCAGCAGAUCCCUGGUCAUAUCAAAACUUCACUAAAGUUAUUAACAACAGCAUCACCUCAGUUAAUAUCAACAUUAUUACCGUUAACUCUUAAAACCCAUCUACUAAAAACUUAUAGUGAACACUAUCGUGGUAGUAUUGAACGUAUUGCAAAUGAUUGUGUUAAAUUAGCUAAUCAAACAGUUAAUAAAUUCGAUAAUCUAAUGGCGUUGUUACAAGAAAUAAUCGAAAUAAGUCUUGGUACAGAGACAGCUAACCAGAAUGCAAUAAAUGGAAUAAAUGCAUUAAUCAAUAGUUCACACCAUGAUCGAGAGUUAUUAGAAUUUGAAAUCCAACAAAUUCAGCAAGGAUAUCAAGCAGCACAACAAGCUUUAAAAAAAGCACAAGAAGAUUAUGCAGCAGCAUAUCACGCUAUACCGACGCUAAGAUUCUGGUCAGCACUGGGUAAUUUUAUUGUUGGAGCUGUGAAUGUCAUCGGCGGUAUUCUAGGAAUUUUUGGAGGCGGCGGAGGAGAUAAUAACUUGGCGUUUGAAAAUGCAAAACAAAAGGCCGAAUUAGCUUACAAACAACUAAAAGAAGCUGAAGCACGUUAUGAUAUUCAUUAUCAACAAUUAUUACAAAAACAAAAUAAAAUGGUUAAUAUCAUCUUGGAAAUUUCAAAAUUAAAUUUGGACAAAAUCGAUCCACAAGAAAUAAUUAGAAUACUUGUUAGUGCAACAAAAGAAUUGUCAACCAUUCAAAAGCAAUGGGAUAAAUUGAUCAGGUUUUUUAGAGCAUUAUCCAGUCAAGCAGAGAGUACUCAAAAAGUUGUUGUACACGAAUUCGUCGGCGUUAUACAAGCUGUACAACAAAGUGGUGGUGUUCUAGAUGAAGCUGAUCGUGAAUUUUAUGUGAUGUUACUAGUUGAAACAGCUGCUGUUAUUGAUCGAGGUGCACAUUUAUUGUUUAUUAUGUCAAGAACAUAUUACGACAUAUCCGCCGAAUAUAUGAUGAACCAAAUAGCUGCUAUAUCUGGGUUAUUAACAAUACAAACAAAUGGUGAAAGAGAACUAUUACUUCAACAAUUGGGAAAUAACACAUUACAAACAUCAGCAAAAGUUUCCAGAUUAGCUCAAACACGUAAACAGCAGUAUGAAGAACGGAAUCAAGCACGACAAGAUGAAUUAGCCAGAUUUAUUCAACAGUCUACUUUGGAUGAGUUAGAAUCUGUGGUAGGAUGA